GCUCUCCUUCCCCAGAACACUGACGAUGUCGGGCCAGGGGAAAAAGCUGUCUGGCUACAACUACGGGGACAUCUCGUCCCUUGUCCUCACCGCAGACCGCUCUGCGCUCCCUAGACGCGACAAGGAACCGGAUGGCGCACCGACUUCACUGGCGGGGCGCAUCGACCCCAAAGACAUGGGCUCCCGAGCCCUGCGGGAAGCACCCAAGGACAUCGAGAAGAAGAAGAAAAAGGCAGCAGACCGCACUGAAGUCGCCGACAAGGUCAAGCGGAAGGCCGAGUCCUCUCGGUUCAUGGCUGCAGACAUCAUUGAGGCGACCCAGGACCUUGAGGACCUCACAUACCGCCCCCGCACCGCCGAGACCCGCGAGAUCUACUCCCUCAUGCUUGCUGCAGUCAACUCUGCCCUAGGGGACGAAGCACCUGACGUCGUACGAAGCGCCACGGACGUAGUGCUCGAGGUGUUGAAGAACGAGGCGGUCAAGGACUUCGACAAGAAGAAGGAGAUCGAGGAAGUUGUCGGCCCUCUGUCGUCCGAGCAGUUCUCGCAGCUGCUAUCUCUGUCGAAGAAGAUAACUGACUACGGCGACGAGGACGAGACUAUGGCCGACCCCGACGCAGAGAAGAAGGAGACGGAGAUCGACGACGACGUCGGUGUUGCCGUCGUGUUCGACGAGGAGGAGCAAGACGAAGAGGAGGACGAAGGCUUUGAGAUUGGAGAGGAGUCUGACGAAGAAGAGGAAGAAGAAGACGCAGAGGCCCCAGCCGAGGGUGCGGAAGGGGAGGACGAGGCGCUUGUGAUCGGGGGGGAGGGUUCGAAGACGAAGAAGGACAAAGCCGACAAGGACAUUGUCGCCCCACACGAAAUCGACGGUUUCUGGGUUCAACGCCAGAUCUCAGAAGCCUACCCCGACCCCGUCACUGCCGCCGACAAAGCAUCUGCUGUCAUCUCCAUCCUCGGUUCUGAGUCCAGCUUGCGCGAUUGCGAGAACCAGCUCAUGGACCUCUUCGAGUACCAGAGCUUCCACAUCAUCACCAAGUUUCUCAAGAACCGCGAUGUCAUCUUCUGGUGCACAAAGCUCAUGCGUAGCGAUGCGGACGAGCGUGUCAACGUCGAGGUGGCUAUGCGCGAGAAGGGCGUUGGCUGGAUCCUGCGCGAGCUCGCCGGUGACAGGCAGGCGAAGACUGGGAAGGGGGAUGCUAUGGACGUCGACGAGGCCAAACCUGAGGUCCCCAAGACGGCGACGCUGGCUCCUGGCAGCACGGUUCAGCCAAAGCGCGUACUCGACCUCGAGAGCAUGGCUUUCAGCCAGGGUGGUCACCUUAUGUCAAACAAGAAGUGCAAGCUGCCCGAAGGCUCGUUCAAGCGCUCGCGAAAAGGUUACGAGGAGAUUCACGUCCCGGCGCCGAAGAAGAAGGAGCCUGCCCCCUCCGAGAUCGUGCCCGUUGAGGCGCUCCCGGCGUGGGCACGAGAGGCGUUCACCGUCCCGCGCUUGAACCAGAUUCAAAGCAAGCUUUUCCCCGUUGCUUUUGGCACGGAUGAACCAUUGCUUCUCUGUGCACCUACCGGUGCGGGAAAGACGAACGUCGCCAUGUUGACCAUUUUGAAUGAGCUUGCGAAGUACCGCGACGAAGCCACCGGCACGUUCGACCUCGACGCCUUCAAGAUCGUUUACAUCGCACCCAUGAAGGCCUUGGUACAGGAGAUGGUCGGCAACUUCUCAGCCCGUUUGAAGGUCUUCGGCAUCAAAGUCGGCGAGCUUACCGGUGACUCCCAAAUGACGAAGCAGCAGAUAUCCGAGACGCAGAUCAUCGUCACUACGCCCGAGAAGUGGGAUGUCAUUACCCGCAAGAGCACCGAUACCAGCUACACGAACCUCGUCCGCCUCAUUAUCAUCGACGAGAUCCACCUUCUGCACGACGAUCGUGGACCCGUCUUGGAGGCUGUUAUCGCGCGUACCAUCCGGCGUAUGGAGCAGACGAACGAGUACGUUCGUUUGGUUGGGUUGUCGGCCACACUCCCCAAUUACAAGGAUGUCGCAGCGUUUCUUCGCGUCGACGAGUCCAAGGGCCUCUUCUACUUCGAUGCGUCGUACCGCCCCUGUACGCUUCAGCAGCAGUUCAUCGGCGUCACGGAGAAAAAGGCGAUCAAGCGGUAUCAGGUCAUGAACGAGGUCUGCUACGAGAAGGUGCUUGAUCAGGCGGGCAAGAACCAGACGCUUGUCUUCGUGCACUCUCGCAAGGAGACGGGCAAGACCGCCAAGUACCUGCGCGACACGGCCGUCGACAAGGAGACGAUUACCCAGUUCGUACGCCCGGAGAGCAGCACGCGCGAGAUUCUCCUGGAGAUGGCGUCUAGCGUGAAGGAUCCCGUUCUCGCCGACAUCCUCCCCUUCGGCUUUGGUAUCCAUCACGCCGGUAUGUCCCGCGAGGACCGUUCGCUCGUGGAAGAGCUUUUCGCCGAGGGUCACAUCCAGGUCUUGCUCUGUACCGCUACGCUCGCUUGGGGUGUCAAUCUGCCUGCGCACACUGUCAUCAUCAAGGGCACGCAGAUCUACAACCCCGAGAAGGGCCGCUGGACCGAGCUGUCCUCGCAGGAUGUGCUCCAGAUGCUCGGUCGCGCCGGUCGCCCGCAGUACGACACGUUCGGCGAGGGUGUCAUCAUCACGAACCACUCCGAGCUGCAGUACUACCUGAGCUUGAUGAACCAGCAGCUGCCCAUCGAGUCGCAGUUCGUCGCGAAGCUGGCGGACAAUUUGAACGCCGAGAUUGUGCUCGGGACUAUCCGCAACCGCGACGAGGCCGUGCAGUGGCUGGGGUACACCUACCUGUAUGUCCGCAUGCUCAAGGACCCGUCGCUAUACAGCGUCGGCGUGGACUACCAGGUUGACGACGUUGGGCUCGUGCAGAAGCGCGCGGAUAUCGUGCACUCGGCGGCUACGCUUCUCGAGAAGAGCCAGCUUCUGAAGUACGAGCGCGCUACCGGGCGCUUCCACAGCACCGAGCUCGGCCGGAUCGCGUCGUACUUCUACGUCACGCACAACUCGAUGCUGGUGUACAACAAGCACUUGCGGCCGACGAUGUCGACGAUUGAGCUGUUCAGGGUGUUCGCGCUGUCGAACGAGUUCAAGCUCAUUCCGGUGCGGCAGGAAGAGAAGAUUGAGUUGGCUAAACUGCUCGAGCGUGUACCCAUCCCGGUGAAGGAGAGCGUGGAGGAGCCGGCAGCAAAGAUCAAUGUGUUGCUGCAGGCGUACAUCUCGCGAUUGAAGCUCGAUGGCUUCGUCUUGGUCGCCGACAUGGUCUUCAUUCAACAGUCAGCCGGCCGUAUCCUUCGUGCCAUGUUCGAGAUCUGCCUCAAGCGUGGAUGGGCUGUUCCUGCGAAGGCGUGCUUGGACCUUUGCAAGAUGGUUGAGAAGCGAAUGUGGGGUUCUAUGACGCCUUUGCGCCAGUUCCCGGAUGUGCAUCCUCAGGUCAUUCGCAAGGCUGAGGGCAAGCAAUUCCCUUGGUACCGCUACUUCGAUUUGAGCCCGCCCGAAAUUGGCGAGUUGAUUGGCAUCCCGGCCCAGGGCAACAAGGUUCACCGCCUGGUCCACAGCUUCCCGAAGCUUCAAUUGCAGGCACAGGUUCAGCCCAUCACCCGCUCGCUUCUGCGCAUCGACCUAACCAUCACGCCUGACUUCCGAUGGGACGAGAAGUACCACGGCACGUCGGAGUCGUUCUUCAUCCUUGUCGAGGACGUUGAUGGCGAGAUCAUCCUCUUCCACGACCAGUUUGUCCUGCGUCAGCGUUAUGCGGAGGAUGAGCACAACGUCACCCUCACUGUGCCGAUGUUUGAGCCCGUUCCCCCCAACUACUACAUCUCGGUCGUGUCUGAGCGCUGGCUCCACGCCGAGACGCGCCUGCCCAUAUCCUUCAAGUACCUCAUCCUGCCGGAGAAGUUCCCACCACCCACCCCUCUCCUCGACCUCCAGCCGCUCCCGCUGUCCGCACUCCACAACAAGGAGUUCGAGAGCAUCUACUCCUCGGAGAUCAAGACGUUCAACAAGAUUCAGACGCAGGUGUUCCAGGCGUUGUACACCACCGAUGAGAACGUCUUCAUCGGCGCACCUACCGGCAGCGGCAAGACUGUCUGCGCCGAGUUCGCUCUUCUGCGCCUAUGGAGCAAGCGCGAACAGCCGCGGGCAGUGUGCAUCGAACCGUUCCAGGAGAUGGUGGAUAUGCGGGUAGCAGAGUGGCAGGCCAAGUUCUCCAAGCUACAAGGGGGAAAGGAGAUCGUCAGUCUCACCGGUGAGACCAGCGCAGACCUUCGCUUGUUGGAAAAGGGAGACGUCAUCGUCUGCACGCCUACCCAAUGGGAUGUUAUCUCCCGUAGAUGGCGUCAGCGAAAGAACGUGCAGAACAUUGGUUUGAUUAUCGCGGACGAGGUACAGCAAGUCGGUGGCGAGGUCGGGCCCACCUACGAGGUCAUCUUGUCUCGCACAAGAUACGUGUCUGCGCAGACGGAGAUCAAGACUCGCAUCGUUGCCUGCGGUGUGUCCUUGGCCAAUGCUCGCGACCUUGGAGAGUGGAUCGGCGCCCCUUCACACGAUAUCUUCAACUUCUCGCCAAGUGCUCGUCCUCUUGACAUGGAUAUCCACAUUCAGUCCUUCACCAUCCCCCACUUCCCCUCCCUUAUGAUUGCGAUGUCGAAGCCCGCUUACUUGGCAAUCACAGAGUACGCACCAACCAAGCCGACCAUCAUCUUUGUGCCAUCUCGUCGCCAAUGUCGCCUCACUGUGGACGUCCUUCUCACACAUUGCUCUGCCGAUGACAACCCUGACCGGUUCCUCAAUGCCGACCUCGAAGCCAUUCAGCCUCACUUGGACCGCUUGUCGGACGAGGGCCUGAAGGAGUGUAUGAAGCACGGCAUCGGCUACUACCACGAAGCGUUGAGCAAGCAGGACAAGCGCAUCGUACAGCGUAUCUUCGAGUCUGGUGCCAUCCAGGUGCUUGUGGCGAGCAAGGACACCGCGUGGAGUCUUCCCGUUGCCAGCUACAUGGUCAUCAUCAUGGGUGUCCAGUACUACGAGGGCAAGGAGCACCGGUACCUCGACUACCCGAUCAUGGACGUUCUGCAGAUGAUGGGCCGUGCCUGCCGUCCAAGAGAGGACGACCGGAGUCGCUGCGUGCUCAUGUGUCAGCAGACGCGCAAGGACUUCUACAAGAAGUUUCUCGCGGAGGGCCUGCCCAUCGAGUCCCACCUGCCGACGAACAUGAUUCACGAUUACUUCCUUGCGGAGAUCGCGGUGAAGACGAUCGAGAACAAACAGGAUGCGAUGGAUAUCUUGACGUGGACGUACUUCUACAGGCGGAUGACGCAGAACCCGAACUACUACAACUUGCACAACGUCAGCCACCAGCACUUGUCCGACCACCUGUCCGAGUUGGUGGAGAACACGUUGAGCGACUUGCAGAAUUCGCAGUGCAUCGCGAUCGAGGACGAGAUGGACGUCACUGCCCUGAACUUGGGUAUGAUCGCGGCGUACUACAACAUCUCUUACGUCACCGUCGAGGUCUACAACUUGUCGCUAAAGGAGCGCACGAAGUUGAAGGGCUUGCUCGAGGUUGUCGCUUCUUCCGCCGAGUUCGAGAUGAUCCCCAUCCGCCGGCACGAAGACGUCUUGCUGCGUCGCAUCUACGAGCGCGUGCCCGUCAAGGUCGACUCUGUCAACUACGAGGCACCGCACUUCAAGACCUUCCUGCUGCUCCAGGCGCACUUCUCGCGCAUCCAAUUGCCGCCAGACCUUGCUGCCGACCAGGUGCUCGUGUUGGAAAAGGUGCUCAACUUGCUAUCCGCCUGCGUUGAUGUCAUGUCGUCGAACGCAUGGCUGAAUGCGCUUGGGGCGAUGGACUUGUCGCAGAUGUGUGUGCAGGCGAUGUGGGAGACGGACUCGCCAUUGAAACAAUUGCCGCACUUCGAGCCGGAGGUCAUCAAACGCUUCCAGGCUGCAGGCAUCGAGAACAUCUACGACUUCCAGCAGAUGGACGACGACCAGCGGACGGAGCUGUUGCAGAUGGACGCUGCGCAGACGCGCGACGUUGCCGUCAUGGCCAAUGCCUUCCCAAACCUCGAUGUCUCGUACGAGCUGGUGAAGGGCGAGUACACUGCCGGCGCACCCAUCCACCUAAAAGUCACUCUCGCCCGCGACGUGGACGAGGACGACGAGGAUGACGAGCAGAUCGUCGUCGCGCCGUUUUAUCCAGCAAAGAAGAUGGUCAAUUGGUGGCUCGUUGUCGGCGAACCAAAUACGCGACAGCUGCUGGUCAUCAAAAAGGUCACCUUCAACAAGGCGCUGAACGUCAAGUUGGAGUUCACGUUGACGAAGGGUCAGCACAACCUGAAGCUGUUCGUCAUCUGCGACUCCUAUGUUGGUGCGGACCACGACAUCCCUCUCGAGCCCGUCGACGUGGCAGAGGGCGAAGAUAGCGACGAUGAUGAUGAUUCUGAUGAGGACAUGGAAGAGUAGACGGUAUUCUGCUGUGUUUUGUAUCGCGCUGUGUUGUUUGCUUUUGGACAUGUAUCAGUAGUAUCUCUCUAAUGGCCCACUCUCCCAGCCUUGUGGGUUCAACAAAUCCUCAAAGAGACAAGCCUUUGAAGGAAACAAUUACCUAUUUG